AUGGAUAGACAAGGCGGAUUCUUGCGAAUUCUAUUUGCGAUAUGUAUCGCUGCGUGCAUCGAGAGCACGUUUGGUGUUAAAUGUACCGAACCACCCGAUGCAUUUGUGGGGAGAUUCAAAAUCUCACUAGUUUACGGACGAGAGGUGGACAUCAGUAAAGACGGACUGACUGCAACGGGACCUGCAAUCCCACCUGGACCAACUUAUGGUGGUGGACGAGCAUUCUGGGAACUAGAGAAAAGGUUGCCGUUUGAACAGAUUCAUUGCACAAAACAUUCGCUGACGAUUGUGUUCGGGCAGCAGUUGAUUGGACCACAUGAUGAAACAGAAAAAGGAUACCAGUGUUUGACUCUACGGCACGAUGGAACCGGUGGUGAUCUGAUUGGUCAAUUCGUGUAUGACCCGCGUAUAACAGAGGAAACCAAGGAUAGCGUUAACUGUUUUACUAUCGGGAAAAGACGAAAUGACGACUAUUUCGUUAGUCACGUGUUGGAGGCUCUGUUUACGAAAACCACCAAGUUACCCAAGUUAACAGAAUAUUCUUCAACUGACGGUACCUCAUCUACCACUACAUUGUCCAACGAAGACACAGUAGGAAACCCAUCAACACCAACCGAUGGUCUCUCGUUUAUCGAUAAAGUUUCCAAGACAGACACGACAGGAAACCCAUCAAUACCAGUUAACGGUCUCUCAUCUAUCGGUACAUUGUCCAACACAGACACGGGGGGAAACCCAUCAACACCAACUGAUGGUCUCUCAUCUAUCAGUAUAUUGUCCGACACAGACAGGGGAGGAAACCCAUCAACACAAACUGAUGGUGUCACAUUUAUUGGUACAUUGUCCAACACAGACACGGGGGGAAACCCAUCGAUUGACGGUCUCUCAUCUAUCAGUAUAUUGUCCGACACAGACGCGAGAGGAAAGCAAUCCAUACCAGCUAUUGGUCUCUCAUUUAUUGGUACAAUAAACACAGACACGGGAGGAAACCCAUCAACGUUAACGGCGUCAACGAAACCAACACUGAUUAAAUGUAAUGCUAAGUAUUGUCAGAAUGGUGGAACAUGUUUUGAAGCAUCAAAUGGACCAACAUGUUCCUGCACAACAUCUUUUACUGGCCCUAGAUGUGCAAUCGAAAUUAAAGAUCAACCAACUUUAAGAGAGACGACACAACAAACGCUACUGAGAGAAAAGAGGACAGAGGGGCCACGUAUCAAGAGAUCUCCAUUGAUGUCGGCUAUUUCGACUAGCACUGCAGAACCUCCAGCAACAAUACCUACAGAAAUGGAAUGCAGCGAGGGCUUCUGCAAAAAUGGCGGAACAUGUUCCGAUGAUGGAUCGGGACCCAUAUGUUCCUGCACGACAACAUAUACAGGACUCAGGUGCAUGGAGAGUGUUGACCCAUGCUCCACUAACCCAUGUAAACUCAUUGGUACAACCUGCGGAGAAGAUCCUAAAAGCCAUCUCGGCUAUGUCUGUAAAACUGAAAAAGAAACUGUGACAGCUAAGAUGGCAAAAACUACAGAUCCUAAUCGCACCUUUACAGACAACAAACCACCGCUGGAUGAUAAAUCGAAAGUUAUAGCAACAUUCCUUGCUGCCGUAAUGCUCCUUAUUAUUUCAGGGGUAUUGUUUGUUUACGUAAGAAGUCUUACCACGGGAAAGUAUGGACCAGAUAAUAUCAAUGACAUUGAUGCCGAAAAAGAAUUAGGUGAAAAACUGUUAACCAAAUCCAAUAUGAAUUCACAGAUCCAUAGCGACCUGAAUAACAACAAUAAUGUUGCCAAGCAACAUGACCGUGUCCCUGGUGUCAUUGCCAAAGCAAGCAGAAAGAAGGCGAGAAGAAACAGUCGAAACACAAAUACAAAACUAUACGAGAGCCGUCCCAACUGGCGUCACAAGAAGCAACAUUCCACAAGUGCUGCAGAGAUUGAAUGUAUAAAAACAAAUGAGGCAGACCGACACACCAAUAACAAAGGAAACACAUUACAAGCUAAAUCAGCCGAAUGUACUCCACGGUUCGAAUAUGCCAAUAUGUCAAGUUUUCAAUAUGGUGGUGGUGACUGUUUGAAAAAGCCAAGCCCAGGAGCCAAUACUAGCAGAACCACAGGAGCCAAUACUUGCAUGACCACAGGACUCAAUGCAGGUAGAACCACAGGAGCCUAUACUAGCAUGACCAUGGGACUAAAUGCUAGUAGAACCAUAGGAGCCAAUACUUGCAUGACCACAGGACUCAAUGCAGGUAGAACCACAGGAGCCUAUACUAGCAUGACCAUGGGACUAAAUGCUAGUAGAACCAUAGGAGCCAAUACUUGCAUGCCCACAGGACUCAAUGCUAGUAGAACCAUGGAAACCAAUACAAGCAUGACCAUGGGACUAAAUGCUAGUAGAACCAUAGGAGCCAAUACUUGCAUGACCACAGGACUCGAUGCUAGUAGAACCAUGGAAACCAAUACAAGCAUGACCACAGGACCCAAUAUUAGCGGAACCACAGGAACCGAUACUUGCCGGACCACAGGAGCCAGUGUAAGCAGGAGCCAAGGACACAGUGCUUCUUUUGCAGCACAAAGCGAUUCUAACAAAGAUCAGAUGCCCUCAACCACCGAAGAAACGGUUUACUUCCCACCACUUCUGAUCAAUCAGUUUGGACCACAGUACAACUUCACUGAUUCUAACAACGCUAUGGACUAUCUUGUUGAGUUUAUUGAAAAUAAUUAUCCAAAUGAAUAGACAGUUGCAGUUAUAAGAACUCACAUGAAAAUGCAAAUAGGCUCAACUCUGAUAAUAUACUAAAUAAACUCUUCUGAUGAUGAAGUAGAUGAAAUGAGGUGUAGGACCAACAUGUUGAUAUCACAACCCGAGCAGCUCUCUGAGGUUUUCAAUGUUUCACAUUUUUCCUUUUUCACUUUUUUAUCUUUUCACUUUUUUCCUUUUCACUUUUUUUAUAUUUCAUUUAUUUAUUUGAAAAUCUUAGAGAGAUGAUCACGUGCUUUGUCUUCUGUAGGUUCUACAUUUGAUUUUGCAAUAUGUAAAUACAUGUAUGUUAUAGUGUAUUACUCCAGAUGUCUUAAAUAUAACACAACUUUCUAAAUAUAUUUUCAAUAACUUGAUUGAUGAUUUUCUUAAAUAUAUUCUGGAAGUCGAUAGUUUCGAAAUUAGAAUAUCGCCUAUCUUAACUCCAACCUAAUUUGAGAGAAUCCAUAUUAAAGGAUUUAAGCCCAGAACUCGAUGCAUCGUGGAUGAUUUAAUGUUAUUGAGGUUGGAUUAUGUGAUCUGAUUUGGGAUAAGUGAUACCAGGACCAUAGCCAGCUUUUGUCAAGGUUGGGAGGAGCCCACUCAAAAAUUCCACUGGGGGAGGGGUGCUCUUUUGACUACUUCGGGCCAAAAUCACUUAAAAACUGCUUCGAAUGAUUAAAAAACAGUAUGAUUUUUAAAGAAUUUCUGGCCUGGAGGGGGUCACUCACUGGCUACGGACCUGGAUGAUCGCAUAAAAGUAAUGUCUUCAAAAGUACGAGCCAGGACCAUUGGAGUAAAUUACAAGUAUGAAGUGGAUGCCCCUUAAAACAACA